CAGGAAAUUGGGUCACGUCACUAUUUUUUUUGUUGGUCAUAUUGCUUACACAGCUGUUAACCUGCAGCGCGCUAAUUUAUUCAUACGAGUUUCCUAUAGUGCAAAUGACCGAGGGUUCCAGAGAGGGAAACAAUGAUUCGUUUACUGGGCCUUUGUUCUUGACAUCCAGUUCCAGAGAAGCCUUCGGUUCGGGGUUUCCCGCUGGCUUAUCAGACAUGUUUGUGAGUUCCUCAUGUGACUUGGAUACAGCUGUCAACACCUUGUUUAUCCCUAGUCGCCAUUAAUGAGUCAAGGUUAUCAUAAUCCUCACAAUUCAUACAUCGGAUUGAGUGUCACUGAGUGCUAUAUAAAUAUACUUUCAAUCGAAGUAAAAGGCAGUCUCUGUCAGUAGUUAACGACAUAUUCAGACGAUUGUGAGCUGGUCAAGUGGAUUGACAAGGCGGACUCACGCAUGUGAGCUGGUCAAGUGGAUUGACAAGGCGGACUCACGCAUACAAGCUUUUACUUUUCAAGUACCGGUAACAACAAUAAUUGCCAAUCAAAGAAGUAAGGUAAUGUUGAAGACUAUCUUUAUAAUUAUAAGUAUUUGAAGCGUAGUGAAGUUCAUUUCAAAGAAGUAAGGUAAUGUUGAAGACUAUCUUUAUAAUUAUAAGUAUUUGAAGCGUAGUGAAGUUCCAUUCAAAGAAGUAAGGUAAUGUUGAAGACUAUCUUUAUAAUUAUAAGUAUUUGAAGCGUAGUGAAGUUCCAUUCAAAGAAGUAAGGUAAUGUUGAAGACUAUCUUUAUAAUUAUAAGUAUUUGAAGCGUAGUGAAGUUCCAUUCAAAGAAGUAAGGUAAUGUUGAAGACUAUCUUUAUAAUUAUAAGUAUUUGAAGCGUAGUGAAGUUCCAUUCAAAGAAGUAAGGUAAUGUUGAAGACUAUCUUUAUAAUUAUAAGUAUUUGAAGCGUAGUGAAGUUCCAUGAAAUUUUCAAAGCAUGCACAAAGGGAUAUAGAUUUUUAUAAUUGAUUGUAACGACAUGAAUUUGAAUAAGUCUUAUAACUCUUCAUAAUAAUUUUUUUAAAACGUUUGAUGACGAAAAUCAAAUAAAAACAAUGUUUUUCCAUGUAGUAUAAUUAAAUUAUAGUUUAGGCUCAAAUAUGCUCCGACUACUGACACUGACUGAAUGUGGCCUGCGAGGGGAAGUUAUGUAAAUUAUUAACCCAUUCUAAGCAAGCCAUUUAAGAUUUCGAAAAAAAAAUGGAGCAGUUCUUGAUUGAUUUAAUUUAUAAUUAUUUUAAAUUAAAUUUUAAAUGGUGCCGACAGUUCACAAAUCAUGUAUUGCCAUGUAUUGUGAUGUAUGCAGUUGAAAUAAAUUAAAUCUAACAAUGUGGGUCAUCAUUUGCGUUUAUUUCUUAGAGUGAUGUCCCCUAUGCCAUAUUUCUGUUUACAUUGCCUUUGCGUAAUAUUUAAAUUUUUCAUACGCUUUUGAUGACUAUUAAGUUUUAAGCAAGUUUAUGAUGUAUCGGUAUUGACUAACAAUUACAAAGCAAGUUUAUGAUGUAUGCAUAUUAAGUCUAGGGUUUCUCAUUUCUCUGGUUUUUGCUUAUCCCGGGGAAAAGGGAUAAAAUACUAUUUUGGUAGUUAACUGCCAAUUGCUGUAGGCUGUGUUGUGUAGUGUAGUGUGUAGCCAGUGUAGGCGUGGGACAAAAGAAAUUCAUCCCGCCGUGAUAAAUAAAUUCAAUUAAAAAUAUGUGUUGAUUAAGAUGACUACUACAAUUACUUAGCAGCAGGAAGGAGAAGUAAAAGAGUUGAGCUAAAAAAAAAAAAAUUGGAAAACAUCAAAACUGUACUGCCUACCAGUAGGCCCAAAAAAUGAAUACUGUGCUGAUCUACUGCCACUGAGUGGUAGGCUUAAAACUUAAAACACAAUUGAAUUAUUAUAAUAAUGAUAAUGUGGACAAUGUGGUAUUAGUAUUAUCCAUGAGCCAUGAAUGGGCAUAUAAUAAAUUUAAUUGAAUAUUCAUAAACUAAACAUAAUGAUAAUGUUCACCUUUUCUUGUUGUUUCAGACACUGUUGAUGUUGUGUGAUAAAUUUGAGACUGAUAAAGUUACAACUGACAGAAAAGUAGAUUAAAGAACGUGAUUACAUCUACACAAAUUUCCAUUACUGAAGACACAGAAUGUCGUACAGAGCUAUCCUACCGCAGAGGAACCCAAGUUGUGGGGAAGGAUCUAUUGAAAUUGAAGCUGUAACAAGGAAGCGGAUAGAUUCAACAAGUGAAAGGAAAGGGAAAAAAACAUUUGACCAUUCAGAAGUUGUCUCAAUGAAACACUCUUAUCCAGUAAGUUGUAAAAAAUGAGAGACCAGUUGAGACCAGUAGACACCAUUUACAUUCUUUAAAGUAUCAGUUUAAAGGAAACAAGUGUCUUAAACAUUGGGGAUUGUGUCUUUCAAAAUCAGUCUUAAGCUGACAUAAAAACAAUUUAAGACAUCAGGCACUUGAAUCACUGAAUCAUAAUAUAUAUCCAAGAAUUGAUAUAAUAACCGAGUCUUAAAAUUUUUAAUUGAUGGAAGUAGGUUAUAGUUUUUAUUGUAGUCUUGUAAUUGGGUGGAAAAUAUUUUAUGAAGAACCUUGAACAAUUUUUCUACUAUCUGCAGUUCCGCUUCCUGGUUCCCCAUAACUCCACCCCUGGUCCCUGUAAGUGGAUUUACCCAUUGACUUAUGGUGGAGGUUUGGUGGGUGGAGACAAGAUUUCUGCCACCAUCAAAGUAGGGGAGGGCUGUGCCGCUGUAGUGUGUACACAAGAAUCAACUAAGGUAAACACAGAUGACCCAACACGUCCAGUGAAACUGGAGCAGGUGUUUAAUUGAUUUUUUUUAAGACUGUCUCACGGCAUUUGAUAACCAAAUAUUUUAUUUAUCCUAAAAAAAUUAUUUGUUUGCAAGAGUAACCAAGAGUAACCAGUGUUUUCCAAACUCUUCAGGUAUAUCACUGCAACUUGAGUAAUGAAACAGUUCAAGAAAUGCUCUACAUAGUUGAGGACGAAGGACUUCUGUGUAUUUUACCAGACCCAACCGUGUGUUACAGAGAUGCUAAUUUCUCUCAGAAGCAAGUAAGUUUUAGAGAACAAAUCUGUAUGAAUAAUUCCGCCUUUUACAGGUGUUUAUUUGCAAAAUUAUUAACAUGUCUUCAGCAGUGGUCCUCAAACACCUUGUGCUUUGAAAAAUUUAUAUCUUUUUAAUUUCUGUCUGCAAACAUUUUUCACAUCUCAGACUUAUAAUUAUGAAUCCAUAUAGCUUCAUACUUCCCGGUACCUUUGCUUCAUAUUCACCUUAGCUUCACAUUCACAUAAGCUUCAUAUUCACAUUAGCUUCAUAUUCACAUUAGCUUCAUACUCACCAUAGCUUUAUAUUCACAUUAGCUUCAUACCCAUCUUAGCUUCAUAUUCCCCUUAGCUUCUUUAUUCACAUUUGUGUAGAAACAUUUGUAAACAUUGUACACAUUCUAUUUUGUUGUACGUAAUUGCAUGUUAUAAAAAUAUAUUAUUAUAUGUUCUGAAACAAAAUUGUAUGCUUUGAGGCCUCAAAAUUAUUAGUAUUUUAUAAAGUUCCGUAAUUUAAUCUCUUUUUCCCCCUGUGCCAUUAUUUAGAUUGUUCACAUGAAACCCACUUCUAGCGUGGUGUUGUUGGACUGGAUGCUGGGUGGCCGUGUGGCCCUUGAUGAGUCAUGGGUCUUUAAAAGGUAACCGCCUCACCUAGGAUUAUAUAAAUUCAAAAAUCAAAUACAGCGAUGCUAUUAUGUUAAGUUCUGAUAAUAAUGGGUCAAGUCAACCUUUUAGGUCAAGUCAACCUUAGGUCAAGUCAACAUUAGGUCAAGUCAACAUUAGGUCAAGUCGACAUUGGGUCAAGUCGACCUUGAGUCAAGUCGACAUUGGGUCAAGUCUACAUUGAGUCAAGUCAACAUUGGGUCAAGUCGAUAUUGGGUCAAGUCGAUAUUGGGUCAAGUCGACAUUGGGUCAAGUCAACCUUGGGUCAAGUCAACCUUGGGUCAAGUCAACAGUGAUUCAAGUCAACAUGGGUCAAGUCAACAUUGGGUCAAGUCAACCUUGGGUCAAGUCGAAAUAGGGUCAAGUCGAAAUUGGGUCAAGUCGACAUUGGGUCAAGUCGACAUUGGGUCAAGUCAACCUUGGGUCAAGUCAACAUUGGGUCAAGUCAAUAUUAUCAAAUUACUUGUAAAAAUACACACAAAAAAAGAUAUUUUAAAAGGGGGGCAUAAAAGUCUAUGGAUGAUAUUACAAUAUUACAACCCGCCGCCCCCCCCCCCCCCUUUUUUUUUUUCAACCAGCCUUUGCUCUGAAAUAACUUUAUAAAAUUUGUUUUCUUAAAUACCAAUAGGUAUUGCAACUCGAUUGAAUUUUACCUAUCUGAGGAGUUGGUUAUCAGGGAGUGCACUGAGCUUGAAGAUACUCCAAACAAGACUGUAGUGGAGGCAAUGCAAGGAUUUCAGGUGAAAUAUAAAUAAAUCUAUUUAAUAUUCUGAAGGAUAAAGCUCAAAGAUAGACCUAGGCUUAGGUGGAAGGAUAAAGCUCAAAGAUAGACCUAGGCUUAUUGGGGAGGAUAAAGCUCAAAGAUAGACCUAGGCUUAGUUGGGAGGAUAAGGCUCAAAGAUAGACCUAGGCUUAGGUGGAAGGAUAAAGCUCAAACUGUCACACUUUCUUAGACCUCCACCCCCACCCCCCCCCCCCCCCCCCCCCCCUUUUUUUUUUUUUUUCUUCCGGAGCAUGAUGUACUUUAUGGACGGCCCCUUUGUUGAAAAAACAUUCAUAAUGAGGCACAAGGUCAAUUCUCAAUAUAAUUAUAAAAAUGUAUUUGAAAUUCUUGCCUCUCCUAUUGCAGGUGUAUGGUACAUGCAUAGUCCUUGGGGAAAAUCUCUCAAGUUUGGUCGACAGUCUCUCAGACAAAUAUGGCAGGAAAAAGGAUAUUGGUAAGGUGAAAUCCUCACACACAGAACAAGCUAUGCCUUGAAUAUCACACAAGAGCAUCUAUCCCUUCUAUGAACAACAACUGAAACUAAUGGGUAAUUUCCCCUUACACAAAUACGUCACAACACUCUCCACAAUCAAUACAGCUACACAUGAAAAAAAAAUAAUCAUCUUGUCCCUAACAAACAUGACAACAGUGAUCUACACAUAACAAGAGUGAUUCUCAUACCCUUGACACUGCUGAGGUAUGCCACUACAUUCUAUCAGCUGCUUCAAUGGCCAGGUAUGCCACUACUUUCUAUUAGUUGAUUCAGUGGCCAGGUAUGCCACUACUUUCUAUCAGCCGAUUCAGUGGGAGCUCUCUGCCGGGUUGGGUUUCUAUUCUCCUUAUCCUUCUCUAUGUUGUUCUGCAUCAGGUCUCUUUUGAUGUUUAGUGGUUUUUAUUUUUCUUGAGCUGUCCAUCCUUGGGCGGUCAUGGGAAGCUAGCUUGCCGACAUUCCACAAUCAUAACCAAGUAAAAUGAUUGUGCUGAUAUUCUACAAACAUGACCUAGCUGUCUCCAGCGACAUGCCUGUGAUGAUUAUCAGUCUUGAUCUCAGUCGUUCAUUGGAGGUUGUCUAUUGCCAGAAGAUUCUAUAGAUCCUUCACUGCCAUUGCUCUGGAACACUUCCAGCUGUACUCUGAUGUAUUAUAGGAGCAUGCUCUCUUUAGUAUCAAGGCAGUUAAUUUCUUAGUCAUUUUGUAAUUUAAUACAUUUCUAAAUUUGCCUUUUGUCAUUUAUUACAUUUCUAAAUUUGCCUUUUGUCAUUUAUUACAUUUCUAAAUUUGCCUUUUGUCAUUUAGUACAUUGCUAAAUUUGCCUUUUGUCAUUUAGUGCAUUGCUAAAUUUGCCUUUUGUCAUUUAGUACAUUUCUAAAUUUGCCUUUUGUCAUUUAUUACAUUUCUAAAUUUGCCUUUUGUCAUUUAGUACAUUGCUAAAUUUGCCUUUUAUCAUUUUAAGAGGGGAUUGAUAAAAAAACCUUGAUGCUUACAGGUGACAAAAAAUGACCAAGAUUUGUUAAAAAAAAUGACCAAGAUUUGUUACUUACAGGUGAAAAAACUGACCAAGAUUUGGUAGUGAGCAUCAGCCAGACAAAAUAUACUGUGGAAGGGGAGACCACUGAGGGGUGUUAUCUCAGAUUUUUGGCAACAAACGCAAAGUCUGUGAGUAACUUUCUCUUGUUUUUUUUUUGUGUCUUUUUUUUUUUAAUAGUAUGGCAACCUUGACCUUUAAAGUAAAAAAAAAUAUACUGUUUAUCUGAAAGACAGUUUGAUUUAAAUCUCACCCUAAUGUUGUAUUUAUUUAAAUCUCACCCUAAUGUAUUUAUUUAAAUCUCACCGUAAUUUUGUAUGUAUUUAAACUUUCUCUUGUUUUUUUUUUGUGUCUUUUUUUUUUUAAUAGUAUGGCAACCUUGACCUUUAAAGUAAAAAAAAAAUAUACUGUUUAUCUGAAAGACAGUUUGAUUUAAAUCUCACCCUAAUGUUGUAUUUAUUUAAAUCUCACCCUAAUGUAUGUAUUUAAAUCUCACCGUAAUGUUGUAUGUAUUUAAAUCUCACCCUAAUGUUGUAUGUAUUUAAAUCUCACCCUAAUGUUGUAUGUAUUUAAAUCUCAGCCUAAUGUUGUAUUUGAGCCAUUCCUUUAAGUUCUAAUGUUUGAUUCUUUCAAUUUGUAAAGCAUCAAUUGGUGAAUAGUGUUCACUUUAUUUUGUGUUACCAGGCUGCCAGAGUGAUUCAUGACAUAACUGACCCUUUACUUGACAUCCUGGGCGCUGACCCUUUUGAGAGGAAACUGUAACUCAGCUGGACAUGGGUGACCAUGACAAGGCUGAUGAGGACAUGGGUGACCAGGAAGUCACUGACUAAAACCAGGCUGACCAAGCCUGCUAACAUAAAUAGUCAUGACUGAAGUCUGAGUCGUGUUUGAUAUGUAAUAAUUCAAUGAUCCAUCUGGUCUGGUCAAAGCUCAUGUUGGAAGUGUUCAGUGACGUGUCUGGUCAAAUCUCAUGUUGGAAGUGUUUAGUGACCCAUCUGGUCUGGUCAUAUCUCAUGUUGGAAGUGUUCAGUGACGUGUCUGGUCAUAAUUCAUGUUGGAAGUAUUCAGUGACGUGUCUGGUCAAAUCUCAUGUUGGAAGUGUUCUGUGACGUGUCUGGUCAUAACUCAUGUUGGAAAUGUUCAGUGACGUGUCUGGUCAUAACUCAAGUUGGAAAUGUUCAGUGACGUGUCUGGUCAUAACUCAUGUUGGAAGUGUUCAGUGACGUGUCUGGUCAUAACUCAAGUUGGAAGUGUUCAGUGACGUGUCUGGUCAUAACUCAAGUUGGAAGUGUUCAGUGACGUGUCUGGUCAUAACUCAUGUUGGAAGUGUUCAGUGACGUGUCUGGUCAUAACUCAAGUUGGAAGUGUUCAGCAGAACUUUGGAUCACCCUCUCUUUUAAAAUCGUUUUGACUUCUGUUAUGCCAAGAAAUUGCACUGUAAUGUGAUGUGAAAGUGCGGCAAGUCUCGAGCAACAUGCCAUUCUUUCUGUUGCCCAGCUGGAUAAGUUUGUUGCCCAGCUGGAUAAGUUUGUUGCUUCGUUAUUUCUUCAAAAUGUUUUCAAAGUAAAAAAUUUGAUGUCAGUGUUGACACUUAUUGAAUGAAUAAUUUUACUCUUGUAUGUGAUGCCUGCAAAUGAAAUCAUGUACUGGUAUCAAUUCAAAUAUCAUUUAUCCUUGUUAUCAAGGUGAUGUGUGUUGCAAUAUUAUGAUUUUCUUAUACUUAAAUCAGUAUUAUCUUUCAUUUACUUUUACAAAAUCCAGCCAAUCAUUUGCUUGUACCAAUCCAGGCAAUAAUUUGCUUAAGCUUUAUUUGUGUAGCUGUAAAGCUGCUUUAUCCUCAGCAUAUUUAUGAUUUAAUUCAUGAUAAACCUUGUCUUUAUAUUGUUCGGAAUUAUUUGUGUUUAUGUACUCAGUACUGUGCUAUUUAUAGUUAAUUUCAUCCAAUAAUUGACCCCCUACUUGUAGUCAUUAUUUAUUUUCUAUCCCUUAUACCCACCCACCCCCAGCCCCGGCUCGUUUAUGCAGCCCUCCCAACCCUAUCUAAAGUAGUACAUUCCCAUCCUGCCUCCCAACCCUAUCUAAAGUACUACAUUCCCAUCCUGCCUCCCAAACCUAUCUAAAGUACUACAUUCCCAUCCUGCCUCCCAACCCUAUCUAAAAUACUACAUUCCCAUUCUGCCUCCCAACCCUAUCUAAAGUACUACAUUCCCAUCCCGCCUCCCAACCCUAUCUAAAGUACUACAUUCCCAUCCUGCCUCCCAAACCUAUCUAAAGUACUACAUUCCCAUCCCGCCUCCCAACCCUAUCUAAAGUAGUACAUUCCCAUUCUGCCUCCCAACCUUAUCUAAAGCACUACAUUCCCAUCCCGCCUCCCAACCCUAUCUAAAGUAGUACAUUCCCAUCCCACCUCCCUAUCUAAAAUUUUACAUUCCCAUACCGCCUCCCAACCCUAUCUAAAGUACUACAUUCCCAUCCCGCCUCCCAACAACAUCCACAGUACUACAUUCCCCUCCCCCUAACUAAAUUUACAUCAUUCAUUAAACCCCUUCUUCCUCAUCAGCCUCCCUAAACGUACCCUCUUUUUACUGAACAACCAGCUCCCCUUUCCCUGCCAUUUACCAUUUAAUAUUUUUCAUUUUCUUUUAAGGAUUACGCAUAAUACUCCUAUAAGAAAAUACAUUAUUAUAAGAUACUAUUUAUAGUUGUGUGAAAUUAAAAUAUUGUGCCAUUUUAAAAUAAAAUGUUAACCUCAUACAACUUUUUGCGUUAAAAGUUUUUAUUCUUUUUUCUUCAAUUUUACCCCAUCUGGGGCAUAGGCCGUCCACAAGAAUUUUCCAUUCAUCACGGUCCUGUGCUUUCCAGUUGCUUCCAGGUGUAUCCCAUAUUUUGUGUGCCUGCCUCUAAGCUUGUGUCUCUAUGCAUUCUUCGGUCUUCCUCUCUUUCUUAUUCCCUGUGGGUUCCACAUUAGCGAUUGUCUGGUGAUGCUAUCUGGGGGUUUUCUUAGAGUAUGCCCAAUCCUAAUAUCUUUUUUUAGUCCUUGUUAAAUUUAUUGAACAAUUUAUUCUGAUGUUCUUCGCCCACUGAUUUUUAGGCUAUGGUCAAGGAAAUGUACUCCCAUUGGCUGCUUCUUUGGGAGUUGUCUGAAUCAUAAGGUUCAUAUUUUCUGCCCUUAUAUUCAUCAGGUCCUUUUGGAGCUUCUGCAGUACUCAUCUGGAGUUGCCCAUUUUAUAAACUUGGUGGCAUUCUACUAAAGUAGUAACCUCCUGGGUGAUGCAUUUUGUAAACUUGGUGGCAUUCUACUACAGUAGUGACCUCCUGGGUGACACAUUUUGUAAACUUGGUGGCAUUCUACUACAGUAGUGACCUCCUGGGUUGCCCCUUUUGUAAACUUGGUGUCACUCUACUACAAUAGUCACCGCCUGGGUGACGCAUUUUGUAAACUUGGUGACAUUCUAUUACAGAUCUGACGUAAUCAUCAAUAACAAGCAUGCAUGCUUUUGUUUCCCCUCUUUUCAUCCUAGGAGAUCAUCAUUGCCAGGAGGAUCUUUAAGAUGUUGCCAAGAAUAUGCUCUACAAAACUAUUUGGGCUAUGUUUACUAGUAACUAUUGCACAGACAUGAAAUAUUUGGUUUAAAAAAACAAAUGACCACUGGACAGACAUGAAAUAUUUGGUUUAAAAAAACAAAUGACCACUGGACAGACAUGAAAUAUUUGGUUUAAAAAACAAAAGACCACUGGACAGACAUGAAAUAUUUGGUUUAAAAAAACAAAUGACCACUGGACAGACAUGAAAUAUUUGCUUUAAAAAAACAAAUGACCACUGGACAGACAUGAAAUAUUUGGUAACAAAACUAGUAACAUCUUAAAAUAUUUAUUUGGUUUGGAAUAAAUAAUUAAUUACAAAUAUUGUCAUUAACAAAACACUACUAUUAUGAUUGUUGCACACAAUUCACUUUUAUGCAUCAUUCUCUCAAAGCAAAGGAAUUUUGUGUUAGUAUGAGUGACUGUUUGACUGAUUACUAUUGUGAUAGUAUGAGUGACUGGUUGACUGAUUAUUAUUGUGAUAGUAUGAGUGACUGGUUGAUUGAUUAUUAUUAUUGUGUGUAGGCUAUUCACUGAACUAUGUGACCUGAUUGUGCUGUGCUGUUGUCAUGUUGUGUUACUGGAGGUGGUGAGUUGUUUUCAUGAAUGUGUCAACUUAAAUGUGUGAAUAUUGUUUGGAGAACUGGAGUGAGUGAUCAUGUGAUGUGGGGUAUCAAAAGAAUGUCCAAUGAGGAAUAGAUUCAGACCACAGCCCUGAGUUCAGACCACAGCCUUGAGUUCAUAUCUUAUACUAUUAAAAAUAUUUAAAAACUUGAUAAAUUUUAAUGAAUUACACAGGACAAGAUUAUCUGAUGAAGUAAUGAAACUUGAUAUAAAAAUAGAACUUUGGUUGGUAUUUUGGUUUACACAUGAAAGACUAUCUUAAUAAAGUCUAUUAAGUAUU